AUGGAUACAGGUAACGAGGUAGUGCCGUUUAUUCAGUCCGACUUAUUGAAGUCGACGAAUCAUAUUGGGAGAGGAGGGUUUGGUGAAGUCAGAGGAGCCCGCUACUGUGGCGAGUCAGUAGCUAUGAAGAUACUGGAGAAUAACUCUGACCUAUGUAAGAAACAGUUUAUUAAUGAGAUGGAACAACUGUAUCGUCUUCGACAUCCAAAUAUUAUACGGGUAAUUGGUCAGUGCAGCUGUGACGGUAAGCUAGCGUUUGUCAUGGAACUUAUGACCGAUGGUUCAGUGGAUGAUAUAAUCCAUCAGCAUUUACGUCUUUCAUAUAAAGCUGAUCAUGUCAUUAGUUGGGCUUAUCAGUGCGCAGACGCUGUUAGUUUCAUUCAUAAUAAGGGGUUGGUUCACAGAGACUUAAAACCGAACAACUUGUUGUUGAGCGACGGGUACCGGAUUCUAAAACUUUGCGACUUUGGUACGGUUGCAGCUAUAAAAACAUUGAUGACUAACAAUUUAGGAAGUCCUAGUUGGAUGGCUCCAGAAAAUGGGCUGCAGUAUCAUGUUAAGUUUCAGGUCUUUAGGUCUCAUUCAUACACUGAUAAGUGUGACGUUUAUAGUUUUGGUAUUACGCUGUGGGAAAUGUUUACUCGGAGGCGUCCUUUUGAUAAUAACGCAACUGCAUUCAGUAUAUUGUGGCAGGCUUCCCAUGGUCAUAGACCUCCCGUUAUUCGCGAUCCUUGCCCUCCUGUCAUUAUGGAGCUUAUCUCUGAUUGUUGGAACGGAACUCCGGAGGUCAGACCAUCGAUGAAAGACGUCUUGGAUAUCUUAUCGGAACUGAGGAAGGUUUUCCCUAAUGGAAAAGACCCGCUGAAGUCUGACGAGGAAGAAUGUUCGGAAGACAGAGACCCGAUCGCAUCUCAAAAUACAAGGCUGGGGAAUGAGGAUGCUCUUUAUUCUGACCAAAUUGAAGCUUGCAAGGAACUGUACGAAACAGAAAACAGGCUUGUGGCGUUGUACAAAAUAAAACAUGAUCUUAUUGCAAAACUGAAACGUAUGGAGGAAACUGCUAAACUUAUCGAAAAAAAGGAAUCACUGUUGUCACAACUGAAUACAGCCCAUGAGCGAAUAUGCCGUCUGAAACAAGCUGCACCAAACCGUGCAGCGAAGCAGUUUUUUUUCCAUCGAGCCAACAUGGGCAAAGACGGUAGCAGUGGAUCUUAG